AUGAUCCGUCCUCAGCGCCACGCUCCUCCGCCACCGCCACCGCCCGUGCCGGCUCAGACGGCAGCUCCGCCGGAGCCGGACCAAGGCCAGCAAGCUGCUCAGACAGGGACCGGUGGCCUAGUGUUACCCCAGCCCCAGGCUCCACCGGUCCAGGAACAAGCGGCCGUUGUUCCUCCAGUUCCUGGCCAGCAGGCCCAGGCUCCGCCAGCCCCAGUUCCGCCGCCCCCGGGGCCACCAGUGCAAGCACAAGCUUCCGUUGUUCCUCCAGUUCCUGGCCAGCAGGCCCAGGCUCCGCCGGCCCCAGUUCCGCCGCCCCCGGGGCCACCAGUGCAAGCACAAGCGACCGUUGUUCCUCCAGUUCCUGGCCAGCAGGCCCAGGGUGGUCUCCAGGAGAUAGGCUCGGUGGUCAACCAGUUGCAGCAGCAACUAAAGGACAUGGCGGAGGCUAACCUGACACCACCUACACAUUCGGCCGGCUUCCAGGCAUACCCUUACCUCGUGUCACAAGACAGAGCAACAAAUACAGCACCUCACGCAGCAUUCGUCAAGAAGAGUGAAAGAGGAAUGUCAGAGGAGAUAAAGGCCUUUUGCGCCUGCAAGCGUGCCGCCCUGGACAGAGAUUAUGUCCUGAGGUCCAACAGCAAGGAGGUUCGGAAGGCGGCGGAGAUGGUAGGAGAGGGGCGGCACGUGCCCGGGCAGCUGCAGCUGCACCAGUUCUGUAUGAAAAUGAAAGGGGCCAGGGGGCCAAGGGGCAGGAGCGCCAACGUGAGGACACAAAAGGUCGACAAGGAGAUGACUAUUGACAACCGAUUCUAUUCUACUCGUAUUGAGUAA